AUGGCCAAUAUGUUGAUUCGGACUAAGUGUAAAUAUAAUACAGCUGUUUUAAUACGAGUGUUGUUUUUGGGAAUUCCCUUCGCGCAUUAUUUAUUGUUCGGCGUGAUUGUAGGUGAACAGAAAAUUGCAGGACGCGAGUUCUCUUCUCGUCAUCUGUUAUCAAUUGAUGUGCAUGGAAAGAACUGUACUUCACCAGCCAUUCUUGAGUUUCCUUCGGAUGGUCUUAACAGGAAUCAAAGACAACAGGGCUUCAUCUUAUUGCAUUGUGCCUUUGCUAUCUACUGCUUUCUUCUUCUCGGCGCUGUCUGCGAGCACUACUUCGUCCCCGCUAUCGAGAUGAUAUGUGAACGUCUACAUAUGGAAUCUGACAUAGCUGGUGCAACAUUCAUGGCCGCAGCGAGUUCUAGUCCAGAGCUAUUUAUAAAUUGUGUUGGCACUUUCGUGACUGAAGGAGACUUGGGAGUGGGUGCGGUCGUUGGCUCAGCAGUUUUUAAUGUACUCGCUGUACCAGCAUGCUGUGCCCUCGUUGCCGGCAGGGUUAUAGACCUAGACUGGUGGUCUAUCUCUCGCGACUGUCUGAUGUAUGCAGUAGCCGUUCUGGCUCUCAUCCUCACUUUAUUGGACGAUAUGGUUUAUUGGCAUGAAGCACUUCUACUCGUUCUCAUGUACACACUUUAUAUACUGGCGAUGGUAUUUAACGACAAACUUGGAAAUUUUGUUAGAAGUGGAUGCUGCUACACUCGAAAGCCAAAACUGUUCACAGAGGUGACUCCUCUUUUGUUUAAAGAUAAGAACUCAUUGGAUACAGCAAAUCGUGUCACCGUGAAAAACCAAAAAAUAAACGAUGUGGAACAGGGGACAAAGUUUAUUAAAAGAUACAACAACUCCACGGACACAGAAUCAAGCAACAGUUAUCUUUGGUCCUGGCCGGAUGGUAUGUCUUCCACAAAGAAAUUCUUCUGGGUCGUGACUUGGCCUCUUUGUCUACUCCUUUGGAUCACUAUACCUGACUGUAGACAACACCCACGUCUUUACCCCCUCACUUUCAUGAUGUGUGUAACUUGGAUUGGUGGGGUUUCGUAUAUAGUAGCUUGGAUAAUCACUAUCAUUGGUGAUACUCUUAAUGUUCCCGAUAGCAUUACUGGGUUGACAAUUCUUGCUGCAGGGACCAGCCUCCCUGAAGCCGUCUCCAGCGUUCUUGUGACUAACCACGGACACGGCUCUAUGGGAAUAAGUAACUCUAUUGGAUCAAAUACGUUCGAUAUUCUCCUCUGCCUGGGUCUCCCUUGGCUUAUAAAGUCCCUCUUCUAUCCAGGCGUACCUGGUAACCACUGGGUUCAGAUAAAUUCAAGUGGAUUGUCGUAUAGCGCCAUCUCUCUGUUGUCCACACUGUUUGCACUGUACGGAGCUCUUGCUUUAAACAAAUUUCAACUAGAUUGGAAAGUUGGCAUUACCUGCGCAUGUGUCUAUCUUGGUUUCUUAGUAUUGGCUGCACUGAUUGAGUUGAACGUACUUUUUGAUGUCAAUCUGCCAAUAUGUCCACACUUUUAA